GGACUUCUCACCCCCUAGCCGUGCACCUUUCUUCUGGAAGGUCCUAGCCCACCUAGCCUGCCACGCGCGCGCGCCUGACCGCCUCCUUAUGCCACGCUGCGCUCUGUCCUUGCUUCAGGCCACUCCUAUUCUUCGGCUGACCCCUGGUGGUCACGUGGAGCUGCUCGCCACGCAAGUCUGGGUCCUUCUGCGAUCCACCGGGGUCCUCGCUGCCUGGAAGCCGGUCCUGAGCUGCCUGUUCGCGCGAGAGUUUGGAGGGGCGGGUUUGGGGUCGGUCUCUCGUGUGGGGCUCGCACCGCCGUGCACCGGAGCCCUGCUUAGGCGCCCGCUUAGAGUCGGGGGAGCUGGAUCAGGCAGUCGCUGGGGCACCCGUGCCUGCAAAGUGCCGGAGCGCUCUGGAGAAGCCUGGACAGCCCCGCUCCCCAGCAGCCAGGUGCUAGGGUCCGGAGCUAAAGUGAGAGUCCGGCAGUCUUCGAGCGCCUGGGCCACGGCGGCGGCCCUGGGAGCAGAGGUGGGACGGGUGCGAGUGGCCCUAAGUGUCGGGGAUGGACUGGAGCGAAGGCCGUGGCGGCGUCCUUAGAAAGGAGGCUGGUCCGCACGGGAAAUAGCUUAUGGGCUGGAGGUGGGGAUGCUGUAAUCUAAGGUGGUGGGUCCAAAUAGACCCCAGUUACUGAGUGCUCUUCUCCCGCCCACCACCCCGCUGCCUCCUGGCGGGAAUCAGCUGCCUCCCUUGCCGGCAGCUCCUCUGUGCCUGCCGUCCUCGCUUAGUGGCCAGCCUCUGUUCCGCAGCUGCCACAUAACCCUGUGAGCCUUAGGCAGCCGACGCUGAAGUACCAACAUCUGGGGCCUCACCUGUCGACGUAGCGUCUGGGGCUGAGCCCCAAGUCCCUAGCUCGCGCUCUCACCGCCUGAAGAAUCCGAGUCCUCAAGCGCUGGGAACAGAGGAGUUCUUUUGUGCCCUGGCCAUUUCCUGGUGGAGCAACCCCAUUCCGCUAAAGAUGAAAGGCUGGGGUUGUCUGGCCCUGCUUCUGGGGGCCCUGCUGGGAACUGCCUGGGCUCGAAGGAGCCAGGAUCUACACUGUGGAGCUUGCAGGGCUCUGGUGGAUGAACUAGAGUGGGAAAUUGCCCAGGUGGAUCCCAAGAAGACCAUUCAGAUGGGCUCUUUCCGAAUUAAUCCGGAUGGCAGCCAGUCAGUGGUGGAGGUGCCUUAUGCUCGCUCAGAGGCCCACCUCACAGAGCUGCUAGAGGAGGUAUGUGACCGGAUGAAGGAGUAUGGGGAACAGAUUGACCCUUCCACUCACCGCAAGAACUACGUACGUGUAGUGGGCCGGAAUGGAGAAUCCAGUGAACUGGACCUACAGGGCAUCCGAAUUGAUUCAGACAUCAGUGGCACUCUCAAGUUUGCGUGUGAGAGCAUUGUGGAGGAAUAUGAGGAUGAACUCAUUGAAUUCUUUUCCCGAGAGGCUGACAAUGUUAAAGACAAACUUUGUAGUAAGCGAACAGAUCUAUGUGACCAUGCCCUGCACAUAUCGCAUGACGAGCUGUGAACCACUGGAGCGGCCCGGGCUGACAGGCUUGAUGGAUCACCCCCAGGAGGGGAAGAGGGUGGCAAUGCCUUUUAUAUAAUGUUUUUACUGAAAUGAACUGAAAAAUGGUGAAACCAAAA